UUUGCUGUGAAAGUAGUCCGGAGCUAACGCCAGCUCCCCGGAGGUGACGGCGAGUUUACAGUCUCGGUGCGAGCAUCAUUCAGGGCCGGGCAUCGGCAAUGUGGCAAUAGGAACAGAGAAAUUGUGGUCGAAAAUCGGGUUAUUAGUGGACACGGGUCCGUGGUAACGGAGUGUUGGGGGAGGAAGAGUAUAAAGCGAAGGCCUUUUCAUAGUGUCUGGGCCCUUGGCUUCGGGCGUACCCUCUGAUCGGAAGGAAAACUCUCCCCUAGUGGAAGCGGCCCGGAACGAGGAAAACCCCGGACAGGCAAAUGGCGGCGUCGGUCGGCGGUGUGGCCGAUAGCACAGGGCUAGCAGAGUUGGCACAUCGUGAAUAUCAAGCAGGAGAUUUUGAGGCAGCUGAGAGGCACUGUAUGCAGCUUUGGAGACAGGAACCUGACAAUACUGGUGUGCUACUGCUUCUCUCUUCCAUUCAUUUCCAAUGUCGCAGACUGGACAGGUCUGCUCACUUUAGCACGCUGGCUAUUAAACAGAACCCCAUGUUGGCUGAAGCCUACUCAAACUUGGGGAAUGUCUACAAAGAGCGUGGCCAACUUCAGGAGGCUAUUGAGCAUUAUCGACAUGCCCUCCGGCUAAAACCAGACUUCAUUGAUGGAUAUAUCAAUCUGGCAGCAGCAUUGGUUGCAGCGGGCGACAUGGAGGGAGCUGUACAAGCCUAUGUAUCUGCUUUGCAGUACAAUCCUGAUUUGUAUUGUGUUCGUAGUGACCUAGGGAAUCUCCUUAAAGCCCUUGGUCGCUUAGAAGAAGCCAAGGCUUGUUACCUGAAAGCGAUUGAAACUCAGCCCAACUUCGCUGUUGCCUGGAGUAAUCUUGGGUGUGUGUUUAAUGCCCAGGGAGAAAUCUGGCUAGCUAUACACCACUUUGAAAAGGCUGUUACUUUGGAUCCAAACUUCUUGGAUGCUUACAUCAACUUGGGAAAUGUUUUAAAGGAGGCACGUAUUUUUGACAGGGCAGUGGCUGCAUACCUGAGAGCUUUGAGUCUAAGUCCUAAUCAUGCAGUUGUCCAUGGAAACCUGGCUUGUGUCUACUAUGAACAAGGACUCAUUGAUCUUGCUAUUGAUACAUAUAGAAGAGCCAUUGAGCUGCAGCCUCACUUUCCAGAUGCCUACUGCAAUCUAGCCAAUGCACUAAAGGAAAAGGGAAAUGUUGCUGAGGCAGAAGAAUGCUACAACACAGCCCUGCGUCUCUGUCCUACUCAUGCUGACUCUCUGAACAAUUUAGCAAAUAUCAAAAGGGAACAGGGUAACAUUGAGGAGGCUGUACAACUGUAUCGAAAGGCUCUGGAGGUGUUUCCAGAAUUUGCAGCUGCCCAUUCAAACCUCGCCAGUGUACUGCAGCAGCAAGGAAAGCUACAGGAAGCAUUAAUGCAUUAUAAGGAGGCUAUCAGAAUCAGCCCAACAUUUGCUGAUGCUUACUCAAACAUGGGGAACACACUUAAAGAAAUGCAAGAUGUACAGGGUGCCCUGCAAUGCUAUACACGUGCAAUACAGAUCAAUCCCGCAUUUGCUGAUGCUCACAGCAACCUAGCCUCAAUUCAUAAGGAUUCGGGUAAUAUUCCAGAGGCCAUUGCUUCCUACAGAACGGCCCUGAAGUUGAAGCCAGAUUUCCCAGAUGCCUAUUGCAACCUGGCACACUGUUUACAGAUUGUGUGUGACUGGACCGAUUAUGAUGAGCGGAUGAAGAAAUUGGUCAGUAUUGUUGCUGAUCAGCUGGAGAAAAAUAGAUUACCAUCUGUGCAUCCACACCACAGCAUGUUGUAUCCACUGUCCCAUGCCUUCCGUAAAGCCAUAGCUGAACGACAUGGAAAUCUUUGCCUUGACAAGAUUAAUGUGCUUCACAAGCCACCGUAUGAACAUGCAAAAGAUUUGAAGGCUAGUAAUGGGCGUCUGAAAAUUGGUUUUGUGAGCUCAGAUUUUGGGAACCACCCUACAUCUCAUCUGAUGCAAUCAAUCCCUGGGAUGCAUAAUUCUGAAAAAUUUGAGGUUUUUUGCUAUGCACUGAGUUCUGAUGACGGCACUAAUUUUCGUGUAAAGGUGGUUGCUGAAGCUAAUCAUUUUGUGGACCUGUCACAGAUCCCAUGCAAUGGCAAAGCGGCAGAUCGUAUUCAUCAGGAUGGAAUUCACAUUCUUGUAAACAUGAAUGGAUACACUAAAGGAGCGCGAAAUGAACUAUUUGCUCUAAGGCCAGCUCCUAUACAGGCAAUGUGGCUUGGUUAUCCUGGAACAAGUGGAGCUCCAUUCAUGGAUUAUAUUAUCACUGAUAAGGAAACAUCACCACUUGAUCUAGCAGAGCAGUACUCCGAGAAGCUAGCUUACAUGCCCAACACCUUCUUUAUUGGAGAUCACGCCAAUAUGUUCCCACACCUUAAGAAAAAGGCUGUUAUCGACUUCAAGUCAAAUGGACACAUAUAUGAUAACAGGAUUGUUCUUAAUGGUAUUGAUCUGAAGGCAUUUCUAGACAGCCUCCCUGAUGUCAAAGUAGUCAAGCUCAAGUGCCCUGAUGGGGGGGACAACUCUGAUACAAACUCUGCGCUUUCAAUGCCUGUUGUUCCAAUGAACACUGCAGCUGAAGCCAUUAUCAACAUGAUCAAUCAGGGGCAAAUACAGGUUACAAUCAAUAACUUCACAGUCAGCAAUGGACUGGCAACGACACAAAUUAACAACAAGGCAGCAACUGGAGAAGAGGUUCCACGUACAAUUAUUGUUACAACGCGAUCACAGUAUGGCCUACCUGAAGAUGCUAUUGUUUAUUGUAACUUCAACCAGCUGUAUAAGAUUGAUCCGUCUACCCUCCAAAUGUGGGCUAGUAUCUUAAAGCGAGUUCCUAACAGCGUACUGUGGCUCCUUCGAUUCCCUGCGGUUGGCGAACCCAAUAUUCAGCAGUAUGCCCAGGGCAUGGGUCUGUCUACAAACCGUAUUAUCUUUUCACCUGUUGCUCCAAAAGAAGAACACGUGAGGCGAGGACAGCUGGCUGAUGUAUGUCUAGACACUCCACUAUGUAAUGGACACACCACUGGCAUGGAUGUACUUUGGGCUGGAACACCAAUGGUGACUAUGCCAGGUAUGUGCAAUGGGGAAACACUUGCAUCUCGCGUGGCUGCUUCUCAGCUGAUGUGCUUGGGAUGUCCAGAACUGAUAGCAAAGACGAGACAGGAGUAUGAGGAUGUUGCUGUCAUGUUGGGCACAGAUAUGGAAUAUCUAAAGAAGAUUCGCGGAAAGGUGUGGAAACAAAGAGUGAGUAGCCCGUUGUUCAACACCAAGCAAUAUACCAUGGAUUUGGAGCGUUUAUACAUGCAGAUGUGGGAGCAUUAUGCUGCAGGCGACAAACCAGACCAUAUGAUCAAACCACUUAAAGCUAUGGAGACAAAUGAACCUUCAUAAUACAUGUUCCAUUGGUCAAGCUUGGCAACAACACAAGACGACUUGCUCUAAGACUUGUCUCGCGAUGAUCGUUUUGGAUUUAUAAGAUGAGAAAUACUGGCAGUGGUGUAAUUUCAUACCAGCCCAGUGACUGAAGAUUGGAGCCAGUUCAUUGCAAGAAUCUUGUUUUUGUUAGAACUAAACUGUGAACACAGGAUUGGCCCAAGGACACGUGCGGAAAUGCAACAUUUGUAAUAUUUAACCAGGAACUCACAGUUAUGAUUUGAUGUUAAAAUUCUGAUAUUGGCAACUCAUUGCUUUACAAAUCGCAGAGGCUUCCCUUAGAAUGUCAGAAAGCCUGAUGGUCAGACAAGUUAAGGCCUUACAUUAACAAUUUAAAGAAGUGGCAUUAUGUUUAUACCUGUCUUGUCAAAUUAUUUUUAUAAACCAGAGAUUUCCUUUUGUGGUAGCCUUUGUGAUCUCUGCCUUGUUAGACCUUUUAGUUGCAAUGUCUGUGUUUGUGUUGACAAUUUGCUUUCCUUAUGAAAAGGAAGAGUGCCAAAUGGACAAUUUCUUUAUUGGGCUUCGCUUCAGUUCUUCAAAUGUUGCAGCAGGAUUACCAAUUAUCCUAUGUGGCUCAAGUAAUGCAAUUGGAUGAGUUUCAUUGUGUGUCAGACACGAACUCGUGAUGCAAUGAAAUGCAUUUCCUGGUCUGACCCAUAGUUUUUAAUGAAGCUGUAGUAUGUGUUUCUUUGCAUGACAUGCAGGUAUAAUAAUUGUGCGGAGUAGCAGUGCUACAGCUGCUGCUGGGGUCUGGAAUGAAGUUUUGAAGACUGCCAGUGCAGGAACCAUUUGGAAUAAUUAAAAGCAAUUGAUCGGGAGAGUGGUUGUUCUUCUGCUUCACUGAAUGGACUCAUUUGAUUUUUGUAGGAUCAUUUAUGAAGGGCUAAGGAUUCACUCCUUAGUCCCCAGGUAAGUAUCUCAUCUGUUAUUUAUAUUGUGUAGAUUUACCAACGUUCUACAGUUCUCAACACAAAUAAUAUUUUGUAGUGAUGCUUUUAACAUAAGCCGGUGAUGCCAACAUUUUGUGAAUGUGUUUAGAGGAUUUUCUUUUGCUGUCAAUCCACAUGCUCAAAAGUAUAACAGAACUGUUUUCAGGGUUUAUUCUCAGGUCUGCGUCAACAGUCACUUCAACUUGACUCUCAUCACUUCAACUUGAUGGUUAAUUGGUUUUCUGCGAGAAACCACGAUUGUAAAUAUUAAUUUUAGACUCCCUCUUGUCAUCCAAAAGCUUUCUGAAGAUAAAGCGAACAGAAGUUGAAACAGCUAUAUAUAUAAUAUAUAUAUAUAUAGACACACACACACACACACGGAGAGGGGUAAAGUCUGAUUCAUAAUGUUUGGUGGAUUGAUUUUUUAAAAUUUAACAAAAAUAAGCAGACGGCGAUGUGGUUUGUACUGAAGCUGAGAGAAAGAUGGCAACAUGUACGGGUGAGCAUAUUCUGGGUAUGGGGGUAAUAUUACAGACCAGAGGCAGAUAUUUUAAUUAGUUUUUUUUUGUUAUUCUUAAGGUUAUCGGCUAUUUUAACAUGCAUCUCAUUCAUAUUUGUUGCUAUAGAGAUCUCUUCCAAUUUUGGAAUUAUCUGUAUUUCGGGCUGUUUAAGUAUCAAGUUGUAAAUACAUGUGAAUGAGAAUCUAAUGUACCUGUACAUUAAUAAAGCAGCUGGGUGCUUAUCUAGUUGGCUUGUUUUUCACCUU